AGGUUCCCUCGCAUGCCUGAGAAGAAGCAGAGACGUUUCGACUUCAGCCUUUCGGUGAAUGAUCCUUCUGAUUUCCCUGGACUUAGCGGGGCAGAGAGGAGUGCUGCAAUCUGGCUUUUCUGGUUCCUCUUCUUGAUCUUGUGAAACAAUGUAGGUGGUUGAUGUGCCAUGACCGGCCCAUGAAGCUCACACUUCCUCGAGCCAUGGGGGAGAGUCAGCUGCUGCUGGGGCUUCUGUGUCUGCUGCUCUGGGGAGGCGAUGUGAUUGGUCUUCGCAAUGAGGAGAUCGUAUUCCCAGAGCGGAUCUCGGGCAGACAGAGGAGAGACGCAGGACACAAUUAUACGGGUCUAUGGGAGGAUAGUUUAACAUAUCUCAUCCCAACAUCAAACGGUACUCUACUUCUAAACCUCCAAAGGAACAGGGACUUUAUUAGUAAAGACUUUGAACUGUUUACCUACAGCAAAGAUGGUGGACUGCAGAAGCUCAACAGGCGUGCACUGGAACACAACUGUUAUUAUCACGGACAAGUGGAUGGAAUGGACGGCUCAGUUGUUGCGCUCAGCACUUGCUCUGGUCUCAGGGGAGUCCUGUUUUGGAGUGAAACCCAUUAUGGGAUUGAGCCGGUGAAAAAUUCAUCAAAUGGAGAACAUCGAAUGUACCAGUUGGAGGAGCCGGAUGAACCAACCAUGUGUGGUGUGGAGGGCUUCAGCACGGCGUCCCCACAUACCUUACUCUCUUCAUAUUUCCAACUCCGCAGGAAGAAAAGAGGCAUCCUUCUUACUACCAGUUACGUGGAGCUUGGAGUAGUCGUAGACAAUCUGCGUUACUUAUAUGAGAAGUCUAAUAGUACCGCCGUAGAAGUGAACACCAUAGAACUGAUCAACAUUGUGGAUGGGAUGUUUCGACCGCUGAACAUUCGAGUGGCUAUAACUAACUUGGUGAUAUGGUCCACACAAAACCCCUUCGAUGUUAACAGCGGGUCUGCCGGUGAUGUCCUGGGGAGAUUUGUUCAGUGGAGACAAACCACCACGGAUCUCAAGAAAUGUGACAUCUACCACCUUCUCAUAGGGCGUGGUGUUUUCCCUGGAGGCGUGAUCGGCAUGGCAUUUGUUAGCACUGUUUGCUCGCCUAAUCUUGGCAGCGCAAUCAGUACGUUCUCCGGCACUCCUCAGUCACACGCCGCGGUGGUGGCACAUGAACUUGGCCACGUCCUUGGAAUGGGUCAUGAUGAUUCCACGUGUCCAGGGACCUACAUCAUGCACAGUGCAGACAUUGGUGCCAACACAUUCAGUACCUGCAGUGCAAAUGACUUUGAGUCACUAAUCCAGAGAGGUGGAGGAACCUGCCUUCGUAAUCCUCCUGCCCCCAACCAAGUUCUUAGCAUCCCAGUCUGUGGGAACAACCUAGUGGAGAAAGGAGAAGAAUGCGACUGUGGGUCACCGCAGGAGUGCAAGAACCCAUGCUGCAAUGCUGCUACCUGCACGCUUACUAGUGGAUCCCAGUGUGCCCAAGGAUUGUGCUGUGAGAACUGCAAGUUUUUGGUGGGUGGCACACCUUGCCGUUCCAAGGCUAGCGAAUGUGACCUACCGGAGUUUUGCAAUGGUUCCCAUGCCUUGUGCCCUAUUGAUUUUUCCAUGAUGGAUGGCUACACCUGUAAUAGUGGCCAGUCUUACUGCUAUGGUGGCGUUUGCCAGACCUUUAAUGCACAGUGCAAGGCUUUGCUUGGACCAGAAACAACAAAAGCACCGGAUGAAUGUUUCCAGGAUGUAAAUGUAAAGGGAACACAGUUCGGAAAUUGUGGCAUUGUGAAUGGAAUUUACAAAAAAUGUUUAAUUGCGGACAGUCUGUGUGGAAAACUGCAGUGUACAGGAAAUUUUAAUAAGAGCAUACCUAGCAGCAUCAUUAUUUUCAAUGUGGGACCUGUGCAAUGUACCGGUGUAGACUUCAACCUAGGCACUGAUGUACCUGACCCGGGACUGGUACAUCAGGGGACAGCCUGUGGGAAGGAUAUGGCUUGCGUCAACUAUGAAUGUGUGAAUGCCACUCGGCUGGGAUUCAACUGUGACACCAAAGGGAAAUGUAAUGACCAUGGGGUGUGCGAUAACACCGGGAGCUGUUACUGCAAUGAUGGCUGGGCCCCUCCUUACUGUGACAAGGCAGGCUACGGUGGAAGUAUUAAUAGCGGGCCUACUCAUAUUGAUACUUCAUUGCGUGAUGGAUUGCUGAUAUUCUUCCUGCUGGUUGUACCAAUCCUCAUCCUACUUAUCGUCUUGUGGAUAAAACGGGAUGCAGUUAGCAGGAGGUGUUGCCGAAAUAAGAGACGCAGAGAUCGAAAUGCACAAAGACAGCCGCCACCACCAGCAAACAAUUACACAAAUCGAAAUGCUGCCAGUAAUGCACCAAGGAACGAGGACAGAACUUUCUCUGAUGUCUUUACCAUAUCACACCAUGUGCCACAAAGACCACCAAUGCCUGCCGCCAAACCACAGCCUGCCCGUCCCCCUCCACCCCGACCAACCGCACCAUCAAAUAAUUACUGGCAACCAAAUGUCUGAAGACAAUUAUUGUUAAGCCAUAUGCUUGUGUUCCCGAUUUGUAUCAGAAAAGAAGACAAUGUAUUAUUUUACCAAAGAUUUGAAUGGAACAAUGAACAUUUCCUGGGAAUUGGUGCUGACGCCAAAAUUGCACUAAUCCUGUCUGCUGCUGUGCCAUCAAAACAAUGAAGAGAAUGCAAUGAAGGAUUUUAAAAUAUGUUUCUGAAGAGUUUGAAGGAAUACUUCUUAAUUAUGCACUUUUAUAAACAGGUUUGUGAAUCACUUGUGUAAAAGGCCUUAUAUAGACUACAAUAAUAUUAUAUAUGUGUCUCAGAUCUAUUUACUGUAUUAUGCUGCUCAGGGGGUGAAAUGAAUAGAGGAUUUCCGGUUUACCUGUGGAUUUAUCCAAUCCUUUCUUCAUAAUUAAAAAGAAGAGACUAGAUAUGGAUCGGGGGAGAAUGGGACCUAGAUCACAUUCUUAUCUUUUGUAACCCAAAUGCCCAUAGCCAGGGGCGGACUGACCAUUCGGGCUCUCGGGCACUGCCCGAGGGCCCCAUGCCACUAGGGGGCCCCAUCAGGG